GGCCCCGCCCCUCCCGCGCCGCCGAGGCCAGGGAUGCCUGAACUCCAGAGAGCAGGAGGAGGGCACAUGCCAGAGGUGCUGGGGAUAAGGUUUGGUGCCUGCUGAGCAGCAGGAGCUCUCCCCUUCCAGCGCUUCCCUCUCGGAUUGACCUUGGCAUCCGGAUCGCUGCCGCCGCGCCCCAAGGAAAGCAAAGCAGCCUGAUUUUGCUGUGAGAGAGUUUUCCUGGCAGGGGAGGGCAUGCAGCGUGGAGAGACGUGCCAGCCAAGAGCCUGGCAGUGCAAGCCCAGGUUCUAAGGGUGAGUUCCACCCAAGCCAUGCUGUGCUGAAUCCUUCCUGUCUUGCUCAGCGCCGGGGCGGCUGCGAGGGGCUGCCCAUGGGCUGGGUUAGUGCCUGCUCUGCCUUCACUUGAGCCAUCUGAAGAACUGAAGAGUAGGGAAGAUGCUGGACUUGAGCUUCCUGACCGAGGAGGAGUAUGAAAAGCUGAUGAAGGUUCUGCAGAGAGAUGCAGAGCUGAAGAAGAAGGAUGGGGAUCGCAUCAGGAGGAUACAAAGCUCCAUCAAGGAUGAAAAGAAGAAGAAGUUUGUGACAGGUGAAUGGUUUUCUGAAGUGAAGGCAAAACGUUUCCAGGAAGACUUGGCGGGGCCAGAUCUACUUCGGGCGUCAAUUAGAAGGAAAAAGGGCAAAAUAGAAAAUGAGGCCAACAAGCACGUCCAGAUGGGUGUGGGAAGCAAAGCUGCCCCAAGUCCUGCCCUUCCUGGGGAUGCUGCUGAUGCAGGAGAGGGAAGAUCCGGAACACCUACUCUUGAAACCGCAGAGCAGAGAAUUUUGCCAAAGCCGAAGCCAAGGCUUCCUGUCCAGUUGUCUGCAUCAUACAAGAGAUCCAGCAUACAUGAUGUCUCCUCCUCAGAGAGUGACACUGGAACAAGCCCAUUGGUGACUGCAACAAACAGCUCUCAUUUGUCUAGAAAAGGUCAUGGAGUAUCUCCACUGCCCACCCAACUCUCAGAGGAUGCCGUGCCUCAGCCCAGCACUGCACAUGGAGGAGAAGCUGUUGAUGGCUCCACCGGCACCACAGAGGGGCCAAAAACUCCACCUGAAGAAACUCAUGCUCCCAGCAAGAUACCAGUUAAGAAGAAACCAAGCAGAGCCUUGCCCAGAUGCGAGCAGUUUGUGAAUCUCGUGGGGCCAGCAGAAAACGGCCUCGCAAAUGAGGAGGCGCUGGCGGACCCCAGAGCUCUGCCUGCGGAAGGGGAAGGCAGCCGGGCCUGCAGGCAAGGCCUGAACUACACCAUCUCAGCCAUGAGUAACAGAGAGGAGGAUAUCGGCCUGGACCGGGAGCACUUCAGGAACCUGAAGAACUUCUGGGAGAAGGGAGCAGACUCGGCGGCAGCGGGGAGCGCGGAGGCGGACGCUCGGCACGCCGGGCCGUGCCGCUCGCUCUCCGCGCAGGCUGGGCAAGGCCGGGGUGCUGAGGAGAAACCCGGUGCCUUCCCCAGAACAAAGAGCCCCUACAAAAGGACCAUCACGUUGUCUUCUAGCGAGGAAGAGCCAGGCUGUGCUGCUCCCGCCAGGAAGGGCUCUGUUUCCAUCCCUCCCAGACCUGCGUGCGCCAAGAGCAAAGGCCCGGUGACAAGGAAUGACUCGCUGAGUGAAAGCGAGGGGAAGCUGCUGAUGGCAGAGGAAGAGAAGGUGGUGCAGCACUGCUCCAAGAAAUCCAGACUGCCUGUGCGAGCUCCUUCCGUGCAGCCCGAGUCAGCCAGCAAGGACGCGUCUGGCAGCGUGCUGGAGCUGGGGCUGCCCAGGGAGGAGCAGCUCGUGGCAGAGGACCGCAGGCCCACAGCCAGGUCCCUGGCCAGCAGGGUACAGAUACUGAUCGAGACUGUGCUCACAGAUGGUGAAAGCGAUGGCGAGAAAGAGGAGAGAUCUGAUUUGGGCACUCAAGACAACGUGGAAAUAAAUGGAGAGCUACCUGAGGAAAAAAUGUGUGAGUCUUCAGAGCGGCCAACACCCGGUGAGCCAUCUGGAGAGGGAGAAGCUGUUCAGGGAGCAGACUCAGCUGUUUACUCAGAGGAAGAUGGGGAUCAUUGUCCUGCUGCUCAGGCACUGGCCCGAGCAAAUAGCAUUAAUCUUGUAAAGAGCAUGGUGAACAUUUACACAACCACAGAGACAUACAAUAAACCCCAUUUGAUACCACAUCAAUUUCUUGAACCUGAAAGAGUCAAAGACCUGAGCAGAUCCUCUCCUGUCCUGUUGUCUGAGACCGAAUCGGACACGGCUUCAGAAAUCAGCUUCCAGUUUAACAGGCACAAAAAGAGCCCCAGCACUGGCAGCCACUCAUCGGACAUGGCCUCGGUCUCCUCGGUGAGUGGCAGCGUGCUCAGUGUCUACAGCGGCGAUUUUGGGAGCGUGGAUGCCCAAGGAACCGUGGAGUUUGCUCUGGACUAUGAUGAGAAGAACAGGGAGUUCCAGGUCCACGUGUCCCAGUGCAAGGACCUGGCUGUGGUGGAUGAGAAGAAAGGCAGAUCUGACCCGUAUGUGAAAACUUACCUGCUCCCAGACAAAGCUAGGAUGGGUAAGAGGAAAACAUCCGUGAAGAAGAGGACGGUGAACCCCGUUUACAAUGAGGUGUUACGGUAUAAAAUAGAGAAAAUGGUGUUGCUGAUCCAAAAAUUAAAUCUCUCUGUUUGGCACAACGAUCCAUUGGGACGUAACAGUUUUUUGGGAGAGAUUGAAAUAGACUUGGCCAGCUGGGACUGGAGCAACAGGAAACUCAACUGGUACCCGCUGAAGGCCCGGAGCCUUUCUGCUGUUAAUGGUGUGGAUCAUCGAGGGGUGAUGAGUUUGUCCAUUAAGUACGUCCCCCCUGGAAGCCUGGGGCCCAAGAAUCCUCCCUCUGGAGAAGUUCACAUCUGGGUCAAAGACGUCAAGGACCUGCUGCAGUUGCGUCCCUCUGGGGUUGACUCCUUUGUGAAGUGCUAUGUGCUUCCAGACACCAGUAAGAAGAGCUACCAAAAGACCCGAGUGAUAAAGAGAGACACAAACCCUGUUUUCAAUCACACCAUCGUGUACGACGGCUUCCAUACGGAGGAUCUGAAGGAUGCCUGUGUUGAACUCACUGUGUGGGAUCAUGAAAAGCUUACCAACCAUUUCCUUGGAGGAAUCAGGCUGGGCCUUGGCACAGGUUUGAGCUAUGGCAUCUCUGUGGACUGGAUGGACUCCACCCAGGAGGAGGUGGCCUUUUGGCAGGAGAUGAUGUUGGCUGCCAACGAAUGGAUCGAGGGAUUGCUGCCACUGCGCUCACUGGCAGGGAGGAAAAAACUGAAAUAACCCAUUGUUGGUGCCAUAGAAAUGUGUUCAUUAGAACUGGGAAACUUCCUGCACCAGGGAGAAAGAGAGCAUCCACAGGGCUGCAGGUGUCAGGGUAACAAGGCGCUGAAGGGGCAGCACCUUGGAGGUGUUCAUGCUGAGUGCUGACCCACUCACGGAGGACACGGAAGAUGCCAAACAGGAUUUUGACCAAGAAGAAACUUAAUCUGCCUUUUUGUUUAAUCAUUUAUGUAUUCAGUGUAUUUGAAUUCCAUUAAGCUCUGGGAACAUCAGGAGAAGGAGACACAGAUAACUUUUUUUUUAUUAUUUUUACAGUUUCUUGUGCCAUUUUUCUUUGGUGCAGAGGUGGAGUUGUACUGAAGCAGAAGCACGCUGUUAAUCCCCACUGUACCCCUGUGAGGGGCACACUCUGUACUCGGUGUACAAUUGCUCCAAGUCACCAGCACAGUUUGAGAACGGGAGCUUUGCAUUUGGCACCGGUGAUAACACCUCUUUAAUGGGAGGAAAAAUUGAGUUCCAAGGUGCAUCUAAAGGAAGAGAGGGCUAUUUGCAGCAGAAAAUGAAGAAACCUGAGGAGGAAUGACAAUGAGGAAUUUGAUGUAUUAAUUUCUUUCUGCUUUCAUCUGGAGGAGCGCAGGGAUGCUCUUAGUGGGAUUUUGCAAGCAGGAGCUGUUUUCCUGGCUUUCCCACAGGCUUCCUCAGUGACCUCAGGCAAGUUUCUUCGUGAAAGGAGAGUUUGAGUGCAAUAUAAACUAAAAUGUUUGCCCGAAUGUAAAAUACAUUGCCAACGGGCCUAAUCACUCCUGUGCAAUGCCUUGUGUGCAAAACAUUUCAGUGUGAAGAGCUGAGGAAGGAGAUAGUUUCAUGUUAGCCUGGCAUUAGGGAGGAAAGGUCCAAACCCACCCUGGAACGCAGGAGCUGCUGGGAGUGGUAAGCAGGGAGGGAGUGAAGGUGAAGGGAGUGCAGAGCUUCAGUUUCCUGGGGGUCUCCUGCCUCUGCAGCCCCUGCUGCCCCUCCAGUCUUCCUUUCACCUGUUUGUGAGUUGUCUGCAGCUGGAAUUUCCCUUGGGCCAGUAGCUGCAAAAAACCCUUUGCAUCAGGCACGUUGGCCGUGGUGGAGCGGUGGUGUGAAUACAUUUUGAACUGCGGCUUUGUAAUUUCUGUUUUGGUUGUACAUACUGUGAUUAAAGAGAAUGCUUUUCUUUAGUCAUCAGUUGGUCUCUUGUACCUAUUUUUAUCAUUUUCUAAAUGACAAAAUGCAAGCAAAUGAGGUGUUAAAUUUUGUUGAAGCAUGUUUGCCAAAGGGCAAGUGAAGUGUCAUGAAGAAAUAAUUUUUAUAACUAUCCCACUUUAGAUUUUGGUGCUCUGAUUAUUUUGAUAUUCUUCUUUAAUGGAUUGGUUUUAUUUAACUCAAGCCCACUGUGACUUUUCAGCUCAGCAAAGAUGGUUGUAAAUAAAUUAAUAGAGAAAUGUACACUUAGAGUAACAAGACAUUUUCUUUUAAUGGAAACAUUUGGGAGAUAAUCAGCAGCUUUCAGGAGUAAAAAUAAAGAAUUAAAAAUAUUUAUACAUCUGUGUAACUGAGGAGCCCUGA